AUAAAAUAGUGGCCUCUUCGCGCUCUCCAGCUUGCCUCAACCCAACUUUCGUCUCUCUCUAUCUCAAAAUACUGCUACUCUGCUACACUCUCUGUUGGGGAAGAGAAAAUCAAAGGAAUCCGAGUUCUGGUCUUGGUUGUACUUGUACUCAAAAAACCAAAGGAACCUACAAUACUCCCAUUUCCAUUUGUGUAAUCUUCUUCUGCAUAGGAGUACAUUCUAAUUUGUCCUCUUUUUUUCACAACUUUAGCUUUCUCUUUCUGCUUCUCACAACUACUUUUUCCUUGUCAAUAUACCCAUAUUUUCACCUCCUUUUUUUCCCCUGUGCCUCAACCCUUGUCUCUUUAACGUUUCGCUUUCUCUUUAUUCUCAAAGAAUCUCAAUUCUCCUUUAAUUUCAAUGCAAAUCUGAAGAAAAAGGGGGAAAAAAGUCGUCUGUUUUGAGAUGCAAGAAGAGAAAACAAUGUUUUCUACAAGCAGGGUUAAGUACAUCACCAGCAGGAGGCGGGAAAAUCCAAUUUCCGCCGGAAAAACGAGGACGGUGCGCUUCUCCGUCGCCGACCCCGACGCCACCGACUCCUCCAGCGACGAAGAGGGGGGGUUUAAUGUGAAGCGCCGAAGAGUCAGAAAAUUCAUCAACGAGGUCAGAAUUCAGCCCUGCUCCAGAGACAGUGUUGCCGCCGCCGUCAAGAAGAGCGGCGGCGGGAAGAAGUUCCGAGGCGUGCGGCAGCGGCCGUGGGGGAAAUGGGCGGCGGAGAUUCGCGACCCUCGGCGGCGCGUGAGGCUGUGGCUCGGCACCUACGACACGGCGGAAGAAGCCGCUAUGGUGUACGACCACGCGGCUGUGCAGCUGCGUGGCCCCGACGCGCUAACUAACUUCUCCGCUCCGCCCAAGUCGCCCAAGUCUGUGCUACGGUUCGUUUCCUUGGCUGACUCCCAAGCGGAACCCGAGCCUGAAACCGAACCCGAACCGGAGGAGUCGUCUUGUGCUUUCCCCCGAAACGACGCCGUCGGGAAACAUGCCGAGAACUUGUCGGAUUUCGCGAUAUUCCCCCCGAGCGACGAUAUAUUUGCGGAGUUUAACUUGUUUGAUCAAACCGGUUUCUCAGGCGACAUUUUGGGUGUGGAUUUCAGCAGCAGCGAUUUGGUUAUCGGGUCAAGUACAGAUUUCGGGCUCGGGUCAUUCAGCUGGCAACCCGACAACUUUUUUCAUGACUUUGGAGAUAUAUUCGGGUCGGAUCCUCUCGUUGCACUUUGAGUAUUUUCUUUGUUGAUUUCUAGGCAGUUUUGGGAUGAUUAAUUAGUGUGUUUUAUUUUAUUUAUUUGUGAGGAAAUGGACAUGUUGUGACCUAAUUUAAUUUAUUGUGAAUUUUCAUGCUA